AAUGGAGUGUUGAAUCAGAUAGCACAUCACAAUUGGAUUCACCGUGUUUUCGUCGUUUUUACAUUCAUCGAUUAAAAGAGAGUUUACCUUAACAUCGGUUAAAAAAACAUUAAAAGCCUCGAGUAUUUAGGCUUUUUGUUUGUUGUCCACGCAAGGGACCGCUAUGUAGUUGCUCCUUGUAGGUUUUGGAGAAGGAAUCUGAUGAGGACUUGACAGUGUCCGAACCACAGGUUGUGGUUGACCCUUUCUUGAUCCAAACCCGUUUCCUCCCUGAGAUCCAUAAGGACCAGACAGUGUCCGAACACGGGUUGUGGUUGCCGACCCGACCCGUUUUUCAAACGCUCGGCUUGCAUUGUCUGGAAGUAGUAAGAAGAGCUCGCCAUGUCUUUAAGAUGCGGAAGCGGUUUGAGCGCUUCAACAACAUCACUCAUCUUUGGUCUUUAACAAAAGUUCAAUAAAGAAACAGAUCAACAAAACAUUGAAUAUUUCAAAAUGAUAGCACCAACGAGGGACACUCACCGGUCAUUGCAUACUCAGGAGCAGCGUAACCAUAUGUACCCAUAACACGAGUAGAAACAUGUGUGUUUGCCUUCACCAGGAGCAUCUUUGGCAAGUCCAAAAUCAGAUAGUUUCGCAUUGUAGUCCUGAAAAAAAAAAUGUGAAUUUUCUAAAAAUAUGAAAAAGUGUUAUCAUGGUGAUGGACAGGAGUAAAGAAAGAUACAAACUGAAUCAAGUAAAAUGUUUGAAGUUUUGAAAUCUCGAUAGAUGACAAGGCUUCAAAGCCUCUUCAUGGAAGAAACUGAGACCUUUUGCAGCUCCUACUGAAACUUGUGGUUAGAGUUUUAUAUAUAGUAAUCAAGAGAUUCCAGCUCAUUUAUGUUUUUUCCGAGCACGUGUUUUUUGCUUACAUUAUUUAUUUUUUUAUGAAUAAUCUCCCUUGAUUUUGUUAGAAAUCUUUAUAGACAAUUAGAAAUAACUUUUUGUUUGAUUAAUAAUAUUUGAAUAUAUAUAUAUAUAUAUAUGAAUUUGGGAUAUAUCUUAUAAAAAGGAAGAAGUUUGAUUAAAAAAGGAAGAAGUAUGAUGAAUAUAUGAUGUAAAAUAUUGUUACCCUCCUCCUAUAUAUAUAUAUAUAUAAAUAAUGGGAGUAUUAUGCAUGAAUUGGAAACAUACAAGAAAUCAAAACAAGCCUUAUCGAUCAAUAUUUUUACAGAUGGAGAAGGCAUUGAGUUGGGAGAUAGAUGACAUCUCCAAGAGGAACAAUUGGAUAUAUUCUGAUAACUUCUCAAGUGGUGGCUGCGAAUGGUAUGCUGAGGUGGAUCCCAAGGGAUCAUGUUGCUCUGAUCACUUGUCUCUGUUCCUUUGCGUUGGGAAUCCUAAUCCAUUGAGACCUGGAUGGAAAAGGAGAGCUAUUUUUAGCUUCGUUUUGUUGAAUCAAUCCGGCCAAGUUCUAUUCAGAUCAUCAGAACAAAGGAAAUACAGUAUGUUCUGCGAUGAGGUCCCAAGCUGGGGUUUCGAGAAGGCGUUGCCUCUUACCAAGCUAGGGUUACUGGAAAGGGACAAACUAACCGUUGAAGUCUACAUCAAAGUCCUUGAAGUUGUUCAUCAAGGAAAAUCAACUGAGAAUGAUAUAAUAGAUUUCGAUGGUUUCCAGAUCUCUGCUUCUCAAGUUUUCCCAGUGGCCAAUAUUCUCUAUCAGGACCCACACUAUGUAGUAGAUUUCAAACCUGAGAACCAAUGGGUCCAAACAAAGUACAUGUAUCUCCUUGGCCUCGUCGAGACACUGAGCAAGCCUCCACAGAGCUUGUCUGCGACAGAACUAAGCAAUGCUCAAAGAGAUUUGACAGCGCUGAAGGAGUCAGGCUUCAAACUUGACUGGUUAAAUUCAAAGCUUGAGGAGGUUUCCUUGGAGUGGAAAAAAGGAGCACAUUCUUCUCAUGAGUCUGGGAUCCAUCAACUAGAGGAACGGGUCGAGAAUGUUGAACUGUCUUUGUCAGAUGUCAUAGUUGAACUAGACAAGGUGAAGACUAAAUCUGCUGCUGCUCAAGUUUCUUCGUUUCAGUUUAUAGAUUUUCUUAUAAAGAGAUUCUUUCUCUCUUGCUUCUCAUUCUCAAAAUCCUAGCUGAUCUAUGUCUUAUAAACAGAGCUUUGAGGAGUUCUCCUCCGAACCAAAAAAAUAUAAUUGUUUAAUGUGUUAUGAUCUCAUCAACAUUGAGGAUGGUUCUCUAUUUCAGUUCUUAUCAAGCUAAGUUUGAUUUCGUUUUUUUU